GUUGACGAGGGUGCUUUAAAUGUCAUGAAGCUUAACUGAGACAGAUGCAUAUGAGAGAGCUUUACCUAAGAAAGCAACUUAGAGUUGCAGCAGGGUAUUCGCAUUUUUAACGCUUCCCGGUAAGUAGUUAAGUAACACCGUUUUACGAGUUGAGUCUCUGUUUCUCUAGCAUGGUUGCAAACGUCGUGGCUGACACGAGGACAAGGCGAAUCUGACUUGUAUGAACGAACCCAGAAAUUUUUUCCACAGAUUCUUUCAGCCGCCGUCUCCUUCUGGUUUCCCCCAUCUCCCGAUAAAGAUCUGGAAACUUAUUUCUAGCUUUUCCGAUGAGAUUAUCAUACAUAGUUGUAGUAGUGUUUGAUAGCUAGUGCUGUGAUUGUUAAAGAAUUCAAAUUUUAGUUUUUCAGGAACGUCAUUGGUGGAUCUCAAAAUUCAUCCCUGCCCAGUGCAUUGGAUACCUUUCUAGAGGCAAUGGAUUCAUCGUGGAUCAAGAAGUAGGGAUGUUUAUGUAGAAGGCAAAACUGAAUAGUCCAAAAGAAAGCUUUCUCCAAAAACCUGUGAGCUUGUGUGCAGGAGCAGGAUUCCUGUUGUAAGCGACCUAGGAUUGAACUGCAAUUAGUUAUGUAAGUAGUUCAUCUAAGAGAAGUACACUUAUGCUUAGCACGAAGUAUUUUUGUAACGAAGUUGAUAUUGUUGUGUCACUCAGUGUGAAUACCUUAUUUCAGCUCGUUGUCAAUUUGCCCUCAUUGUUCUAAGUUGCACGGCUCAGUGCCUCACACUCGAAUUCAUUAACUCAUCAGUUCGUUGUAAAUACCUACAACGAACAUAGAAAACUGGAAAAGUUUUAUGGCUCAUCCAGGAUUAGCUUUUCAUCCGGUCCGUCGACAUUCUUCGGCUCUAGCUGGUGCUGUUUUUCCGUUCUCUCAGCGUUCUUCGAGUCCAGUGGUGGUCACACGAAACGGAAGUUGUCGUCGGGUUGUCGUCUGUUGUUCAAACCAGAGUACAAGACCAGCUCCUGCGUCGAGAGAGCUUCUUUCGUGUAAUCAACAAGGGAACAAUUGGAAACAGGCUCGACCCUUUGCCACGAUGGAGAAGGUCGAUAAAACCGAAGAAGAAUGGCGGCAGCUCCUCAACAGCAAGGAGUUUGACGUGCUGCGGAAGAAGGGAACGGAGCCCCCAGGGAGCGGUGAGUACGACAAGCAUUAUCCCAAAGCGGGCUACUAUGCGUGUAAAGGAUGCGGUUUCGCGCUAUACUCCUACGCCACGAAGUUCAACUCCGGUUGUGGGUGGCCAGCUUACAACGCGUGCUACCACUCCAAGGAAGCUAAUGGGGCACACAUUAAGUACAUCGAAGAUAAGACUCACGGUACUAAACUGGACAUAUUUAUAUUAUAAGGAAGUAAAUCGCUGGAUGUCCGAAUAAGUGGUUCAUACAAAUUCCUGGCAAUUGUAGCAGUAGGUGAUUAUCAUUAUCAGGUAUGCGAAUCAGUGCCUUGAUUCUGUUCGUUGAGACCUGAAUUAGGAUGUAGUUUCUAUUUGUAGCGUGUUUUUUCAUUCAUCGAUUCUUUCCUAGUGGGGAUAAUGGGAUUUUUAGCCUAUGAGCUCAGCCUAAUACGACAAAUCUCUGAAAGGUAUGGUUCGCACAGAGAUUCUUUGCAAACGAUGCGGUGGGCAUCUCGGGCAUGUUUUUUACGGCGAAAUGGGCCGUGAUAGCGAGCGACACUGUGUGAAUUCUGUCAGUGUGAAGUUCGUAGACGGUCCAGAGCCUGCAAACGUGCAAACUGGACCACUGAAAGCCACUCUUUAGGAUAGGCUCAAAGUAGUGCUUUUUUGCAAUACCGCUUUCGAGGUGAAGAUCACAGUAGAUGUUGCAAUCAUGACAACAUCUGGGAUGGAGAUUGCUGCUGGCGACGAACCAACGAGACAUACUAGAUUUGGAGUAUUGGAAACCGUUUGUCAGAACUCGAUGAUGAUCGACACAGAAAUGAAGAUGUCACUCUUCAUCUCCAAAAUAAAUCCAACGACUGAGCAAGAUCUACCAUGAGAAUUGUCGGAAAACGAUUCUUGAUGACGAUGAGCUCUUCUCCUGUGCAGGCUCGCUACAUCGACUCAUACUACUGUUGUGUACGUCACUAUUGGGUCAGCUUAAUUACGAUCAGAAAACGACACAGGCCAAUAAAAAAUCUUCGGAUCUCAUAGGUGCUUAUCAUGGACUCAU